AGGAUUGCCUCGUCAGCUCCCGUUCUCGUCCUUAUCUGAUCCGCAUGUGAGGCAGACUAACCUUUCUUUUCGUGAUUGUUGUUGUCCUCUUUCUUUGACGUUUCUCGUGUAUUCACGAUGCGAAUAUCGCCAGGCUCGGGUUUGGUCCUCUGUGUUUUUCAGUCAUGGUGUUUGGUGGAGGGAUUGAAGUUCACGGUCGAUAACUGGACGGGGAUCGUGAGCGGAACUCCGUUCCAGGUAACUUGGACGGGCGCUUCGACUGGCGCUUCAUUGACAUUGUCUCUGGACAAUGGGACACUGGCGGAUCCGAGUCUUGUUGGCAAUAUCUCGAGUGGAAUUUCCUCCAACGCGUACACAUGGACGCCGGGAAACAAAGCAAUUCCUGGACAGCCUUUCUUCUUGAAGAUUGAGGAGGAAAAAUCAGGAACUAGCGCGCUCGGAUCUACGUUUACGGUUGCAGCUACUGCGUCCUCGUCCUCCUCAUCAUCGUCCGCUACGGCAACAAAGUCCUCUAAGACUACGUCAACUGCAAAUACGAGCCCCACUCAGACGCCAUCAGCAACAUCUAAUCCUGGAUCGAGCGGGUUAUCAACAGGAGCGAAGGCAGGAAUAGGAGUAGGCGCAGCACUCGGCGGUCUCGCUAUACUUUUGCUUAUCGCAUUCUUCAUUUUGAAGAGAAGGAAGAAGGCUAAGGCAAGAACUGAGCCUUACGAAUUGAUGGAGAAUAACAUGUCUGGAAGAACACAGGAGGAUAAGAAGAAUUAUGUUGGGGCUCAACCAGUUCCGCCUGCUGAGAUGCCGGCCACAGUGCCACAAAAUUGGAGGCCAGAGAUGGAAGGAAGUCCUGCGACAAGACCUGAGCUGGCAGGGUAAGAAAGGGGGUAAUGAAUGCAUUUUGUCGAACACCGUCACAUGAUCCUGAGAAUCCCAGCACUUCCAGGUGGUUUCUCUUGAUAUACCGAGCAAAUCUCUAUUCAGCCUCAAUCCCCAGAAGUCUUCUGGAACACGGCCUUCAUUUCCCCACAGCUCUGUAUCGGCAUUCAUUGCCGAGCCUUACCAGGGGAAAACGCCAUGUGGCUUGUCUUCCCUUUCCCCAUAUUUUAGUCCUGGGACUCGCGUCCUUCUCCUCAUCCGUACGAACAGAAUCUUCACGGCAAUA